GGACAAGCACCAGGGGACAUGAUUGGCUGGCACGCCGCCCAGAGGAAAGAGGCAGGGUCGAGCUGAUUGAUAAAGGAGGAAGAGGAGGAGCUGAGGCGCAAUGAGUCGACGGCGUGCACACAACAAGUGUUCAGAGAGAGCAAGUGAGGAAGAGGGGUUACCACGGCAACACAGAGGACACUGCCAGCAGCAGAGGACAAACAGAUUGAAGAAAUGACAGGUGAACAGUCAAGGUACUCCAGUCGCACCUCCGACCUGCAUCCAAAUCUUCAGCAAUUCAUUGGGGACCAGUAGGGACAUCAGCACAGGUCCUGAGAAUAAGGAUCUUGGGACAUUUGGUUGGCAAAGGUGCCAUCAUGUCCCAGGCAGGCAAAGUCCUUCACCUAUAUGUUGAGGUGAGGUCUGUGGCUGACGAAGAUGGGAGGACUCAUGGAAUUGGAAGUGAUGGGAGCAGUCACCUGAUCCUUCAGUGCCCAGAUGUUCUCCCUCACUCUCAGAGGAGCUCUGUCCAUUCCAGCCCCAACCGGAGUCCAGACCUUUCCCCACUCACCCAGCGCAGAAUGCUGGAUGGACGCCACAGUUCGUCUCCCUCCAACUCAUCUUCCAGACACUCAGUCAGCCCUCAGGGCCAACACCCUGACGCCAUGGAUUCCUCUGCUCACUACCACCAGGAGGACAUGUUACCCAACAGUUUUGAAGACUUGCUUCAAGUGCUCACGUGUGCAGCCACCAGUCCAGGGCAUAGCUGCUCACCAGCACCCACGUCUUCAUCGGAUGUGUAUUCCUUUCAGAGACGGGAGCUUACCAACGUACCUCCUGCCUCUUUUGGGAGGUUCACUGCAUCUUCCACACCCACUUGCAGCCGCAGGUCCUGUCAGGACCUAGAUUCAGAGGGACAGGAAAGGAAGACAUCUGUGGUGACCUUCGGCUACAUUGAGAAAUCAAAUGUUCAUAUGAUGGGCGGCCGUCGUCCUUCUUUUUGCCAAAUUGAGUCCAGAGAUAACCGAAGGGAGGAGCAAUUUGUGCCUGCCCAUCUCAGGAAGAGACUGAGUGAUCCGGUAGGGUUCAGUGCUCAGGCAGGACAGGGUGAAUUUUGCUCAUCUGUCAAUCCUUCCCCACAGGGCUCACCUUUCCUGCACAGAGAGGUGGUAGCAAGAGAUGCCACCCAUAGGGCCUUGGAGGAGUUUGGCUCGCCGGACCUGAGGCGCCGCUAUGCAGGCCGCAGCCAAGAGAACUGCAGCCCAACCCUGCCGCGAAACUACCUGUCACCUACCUGUCGUUCGUGGGCAGACUCACCUGUCCAGCCACGCAUCACCCUCACUUUGCCGUCCAAUGCUCAACUCCGAGACCUCGACGGGAGAGUCUGUCAGAACUCUUUGAAUGGAUUGCCGAGAAGCCCCGCCUCUGAUCAGCUGUGUGCACACACUGGCUUUUCGUCCCAUACAGUAGCUCCAACUUCAGCACUGCAUUCUUGCAACACUCCACAGAAUCAGCAGUCAUCCUGGUUGAGGGAAAACAGUCCCAGACUUUGCAGCAGAUUUCACCCCCCUUUACCUGCUGGAAGACCCACAGAUAUCCAGCAUGAGGUGCCAAGGAGCAAAGUCAGCCAUGUGACCAGCACCGCUAAUGGCAGGAGAAGCUCCUCCGCCUCGACAUCUGCUGACAUUUCUGUGGGACAACGAACUCCUUCUCCGACACCGUCCCAGACUGAGUCACUGAGGUCAGUCAGUCCAAAUAUUAGAGGCAAAUUCUUGAGGAAAUCUGAGCCGUAUUCCAGUCUACAAGAGGAUCGCUCCACUGAGCUGUUACAGGUGAACAAACAGAGUCAGAGAUGGAAAAUGGACAAAUGCAAAUCUCAAAUCCGACCAGGACAUGUCUCACCUGUCUUAGGGAAGCUCAGCUUACCUGAGAGGUCUCAUUCCCCAGUCUUAAAUUCACGCCAGGAACAGAGUUCACAAGACAAUCGACACACAUCCUCCCCGCACCAACGCCAGCAGCAGGCACACUCCGCUGGAGACCACACACCACCAUGCUUGGAGCACAAGAAACUUGGUAGCUCACACAGCCUCUCCUGCCAAACAUCUGAGGCUUCUUCAACUGUGAGCUGCACCUCCUCACACCAGGAACUAAGGAAGACCAGUCCAGUCCAAGACAGGAUGGAAGCCUGUAAGGACAAAUCUCGAAGGUUUUCUUCUAGACCCAAAGAAGAGUGUUCCCAAAGGCAUGGUGACGAGUCUGUACAGAAGCACAGGAAAUUGGUUCCGGGUUCGUGCAAAACCCAGAAGGUGGAUGUUCAGGAUGACAGCAAGUCUGACGGAAGUUCAGCUGUGAGUCCGUCUUCAAGAUCACAAAAAAUUGCCCAAGCCAAGUGGGAUUUCCUGUUUGGACAGCAGACCCAGGAAGCUCGCAGCAAUAAAGGCACUGCGUCCACCACACCCCCACCUGUCUCCAGUCCUCCCUCCUCUGUCCAUUCCAAGCCAGCCAAUCAGAGGUGUGUGAAGGCCGACCCAGCUCAGAGGUCGUCAUCACAUCAAAAGGUUCGGAAAAUUGAGGUGGAGCUGGUCUCCGCUGACCCGAGAGGCUCCGCCCCCAAGACGGGUGUCAUACGACGAACCAUCAAAUACUCAGAGACGGAUCUGGACGCCGUGCCACUGCGCUGCUACCGGGAGACUGACCUGGACGAGGUGAUGCGAGCGGAGGCGGAGACAGUUGAGGAGGUGGAUUCAGCCUUUGGGAGUCAUCGCAGUGUCCGAGGAAACUCCAACUUCAGCCCUGCUGACGCUUCUCUGAAGGAGGAUGAAGAGGACGGCGUGGCGAACUGGGCCAGCGUCCGCAUGCAGGGAGACCGCCAGAGGCAAAGAGCCGCCGAAGAGGAGACCUUCAGUCUCCUGCUGAAGGGGACUUCGGAGGUCAAGUCUCCAGUGGCUGUAGGCGUCCCACGCCGACCCUCUGACAGCAACCUGGAUUCCUUCAGUCGCCAUUUUGAAACCAUCAUGGAGUCUCACCGGGCCAAAGGAACCUCCUACAGCAGUCUGGACAGCGUGGAUCUGCUGACCUCUGGAUCCACUUCUGUGUUCACCUUUGACCUGCCCACUCUCACACCCGAGAUCCAGAGUCAGAUCUGCGAGAGCGCCAAGAACAUCAUUCAGCUCAGUUUUGCCCCUUUGGCUUGUCCGGAUCCGACCGCCUCCUCCGAGAUGUCUCGCUCUGAAAUCAGCCUCAGCGCGUCGGGGACACGAGGGGGCACCAAAGACGACUGCGCUUCUCCGGUCCGGACCAGGUCACAGAAAGAGCCGUGGAAGCGCUCCAUCCUCAAAGAUGGCUUCCACAAAGCCAGCUCGGUGCCGUCGCUCCACAGCACUCCGAGGGAGCGCAUAGGAAACCGCCCCCCGGAGCUGCUCUACCCGCAGGCUGACGUGGCCGAGCGACUGGCGCACGGCGGCAGCGACGACGCACUGGCCAACGGUGCCAAGGCCGACAUGCAGGCCGCCAAACGCCUCGCCAGGCGCCUCUAUCAGUUGGACAGCUUCAGGAAGUCUGACGUGGCUCGACAUCUCAGCAAGAAUAACGAGUUCAGUCGUAUGGUGGCUGAAGAAUAUCUAAACAACUUUCACUUCAACAGUCUGACCAUCGAUCAGGCACUCAGGACGUUCCUGAGCAAGUUCACCCUGAUGGGAGAAACUCAGGAGCGCGAGCGAGUCCUUGCUCACUUUUCCAGACGCUACGUGCACUGCAACCCAGAUGGCGACAUCACGGAAGACAGCGUCCACACUUUGACAUGUGCAGUGAUGCUGCUGAACACAGAUCUCCAUGGAAACAAUGUCGGGAAGAGGAUGUCCUGCAGUCAGUUUGUCUCCAACCUGGAAGGUCUCAAUGAUGGAAAAGACUUCUCCAAGGAUCUGCUAAAGGCGUUGUACACGUCCAUCAAGACCGACAAGCUUCAGUGGACCAUCGAUGAAGAGGAGUUGAGGAAGUCCAUGUCCGAGUUGGCCGACGGCCGAACAGACUCCGCCUCCCACACUAUGAAGCGAAUCGGAAGCGGCGGCAAUCACCUGGUGGGCGUGGCCCAGCAGGCCGACGGCGAGAUGUACAAAAGCGGCUUCCUGGUCCGCAAAGUCCACGCAGAUCCGGACGGAAAGAGAACGCCGCGUGGAAAGCGGGGUUGGAAGUCUUUCUAUGCCAUGUUGAAGGGUCGAGUGCUUUACCUGCAAAAGGAUGAGUACCGUGCUGAACGCCAGCUGACUGAGGAAGACGUGAAGAACGCCGUGUCUGUCCACCAUUCCCUCGCCAUGAGAGCCGCGGACUACAGCAAACGUCCAAACGUCUUCUACUUGCGCACGGCUGACUGGAGGGUGUUUUUGCUGCAGGCGCCGAACGCCGAGCACAUGCAGUCGUGGAUCACACGCAUCAACGCCGUGGCAGCCAUGUUCUCAGCGCCGCCUUUCCCGGCGGCCAUCGGCUCUCGGAAGCGAUUCAGCCGUCCUCUGCUUCCGGGAUCUGACACCAAACUGUCGCAGGAAGAGCAGCUCAAAUCCCAUGAAGGUCGCUUCAGGGCCGCAGCCGCUGAGCUGGAAGACGUCUUGGCAUCCACAGCCCAGCACAAAGUGAAAGGUCGCGAGCUGGACGAGCAGAAGCUGCGUCGGGAGUACUUGGAGUUUGAGAAAACACGUUACGGUACAUACGCCAUGCUGCUGAGGGCCAAGAUGGCUGCCGGCGACGGCAACGACUUGUCGGCGUUCGAAGCGCGGCUCUUUGAGGACGACCGCAACAGCAGCGGCCUCCAGAGGGCGCGGUCCAGCCCCACGCUGCCGCAGGAAGUGGACAACAAAGAGAGCAGAAGCAGAGACGAAGGAGGAAGCAGGAAGAGGAGCAAGCCGCACUUGAGCGGCCAACAGGCGGCAGCACCGAAGUUGACGGCUGACGUGGCAACAGACGGGGAGCAGGUCGCCAUGACAAGCGCUUAAGAUGGCUGCGCCGCAUGGAGACUGCUGUCAUGGCAACAGAAGGCUGUCAAGAUGACACGCCGUAUGUACACAAAGAACGUGUGUCACAUGGUCAGUUGAAAUUGAAUAUUUUGAGGAUUGUCCCGUCAGCUUGUCCGUCCGUCCCCCCGAUGCCCCCUGCAGGACUGGAAGUGAACUGCACAUUUAGGACACUUUAUUCAUGAAAACACAAGAAUGUCACCUUAACGGAAAGACAAACAAGACAAAACAUGUGAUCUAAUAAUAAUAAUAUUAAAAUAGGGAGAUCAUUUUCAUCUUAUUUUCAUGCAUUUUGCUGUUUUUUUGUGUCCACUUUCCUGUGACCUCUGAACUCUGAUGUCCUCAUGAUGACGAGACAACUCGUGUUUCCUGCUGCUCACUGAUUGGCCACAGGCGGCUGCUCUUCUUCCAUUGGCUGACUGCUGAAGCCACUGUCCACCGUAGACUCUGAUUGGACGAAAAACAAUUAACGCUUGCUAGCGUGGCUAACAUCAUUGUCCCCCUGUCAGUGUCACCUGGGUCGUGCUUGUCGCUGGGACGCUCGGCGGCACUCGUUAGCAGUCGCACUCCGUCCGUCAGGCCAAGGGACUGAAGAGCUUGGCGCAAACCUUCGAGAGGACCGCCGCCAAGCUGCACACAAACACCAUGAUGGAAGACGUCAUCAAAAAGCCACUUAAAAAAAAAUAGUGGGUGAGGGGGCGGGGCUUGACCUGGUAGUGUUGCAGCAGGUGUUGGCAGGGGGCGGGGCUGUCCUGGUACAGGUGAGUCAGCGUCAUCAUUCCCAGCUUCUCGGCCAGCUUCCUCCACGGAACGUCGGUGCCGCUCAGUACGUGGAGCAGGCGGGUCAGUGUCUGCCGGUCCAGGCAACUAGACUCCGCCCCUGAGCAGUCACACAGAAGGACGGUAACAAGCCUAAAUAUACCCUAUCAGGUGACAGGAAGUGGAGUGCACGUAGUACCGGACCGACCUUGACCGGCGUCGCCUUUGACCUUCUUGCCCGGUGGACGGGAGGACGUGGAGGACAGCAGCUUCCUCACCUGAGCACAGCAGCACAAAGUCACAUUACCCGCUCUCUUCCGCUUGAGCGCCGCUCGCUCACUACCUUGUGACACUUGGCCAGAUCGAGCGGCGUGUGCCCGCCCACUUGUCUCUUGCGACAUGCGACUGACGGCGAGGCAGCCUUCCCGACCUCCUCCUCCUCGUCUUCAUCCGAGGAUGAGCUGAAGACGAGCGGCUCGUCAUUCUCCGCCUCCUUGUCUGCGCCUGCACGUGUCAAUCAAACGGGUGUGUAGCAGUAUGUGUGUGCACGUGCGUGUGUGUGUGCACGUGCGUGUGUGUGUGUGUACCAGCAGCGACCAGCAUGGAGCAGAGUGUGUGCGAGUGCACGGCGGCCGCCAGGUGUAAAGGUGUGUUUCCUCCAAACGUGCGUGCAUUCACGUCCGCCUUCAGCUGCAAAUGACACAGAGGACAAUGGUGCUGACGCGUCGCCGUGACAUCACGUGAUCGUGACAUCAAAGUGACGCACGCACCUCGGUGAUGAGAACGCACGCCGUUUUGAAGAGGUUCUCUCUGACGGCCAGGUGCAGUGGCGUGUGCCCGCCUUUCAGUUCGGGCGCGUUGAUUUUGGCUCCGCCCUCCACCAGCAGGCGGAGGCAGCGCUCGCCGUCCCUGCGCACGGCCAGGUGGAGCGGGUGAAGACCUGCGUGUUGACAAAACAACUUGUGAGAUGUUAACCCUGGCCUCCCCCGUGCGGCCCCGCCCACUCACCGUGGUAAUCUGGCAAGGUCAACAGGUGGGCGUGGCCUUCCCCGAGGUGAGCCAGUAAGGGCCGGAGCGUGGCGCUGUCCCCAGCCAGUGCCGCCAGGUGCAGGGGGCUGCGCCCGUCUUUGUCCAGCCGGGUGGGGUCGGCCCCCGCCCUCAGCAACGUCUCUGCCACCUUGGCCUGGUGGGUGAUGACCGCCAGAUGGAGUGGCGUCUGCAGCCGGCACAGAGCUACAUGUCAGUCACAUGACCUCAACUAGUUAGAGGCUUCGCGAGCCAUUAGCCACCUGCUGCAGGUGGUUGGUGGCGUUGAGGACGUGCGCCUGCUGGUUGCUAAGCAACGUGUCAGUCAGCUGCUGGACGACGCCUGUCUGCUGAUGGAUGACAGCCAGGU